AUGCACUUCACGCAACGCACAGCGCUGGUAGCUCACAAGCUGCAUAGUCAUGAAUGCCGGAGACAACGCAGGCGUUACCUUCGCUUCCUCCGCAGCCACCCCUUCGCUGACAUCAAUGACUUUUUUGGCGAGGCAUCGCUGACUGCCGAGGACGAACCGACCUCAGAUUCUGAAGAUGAGGAUGACAUGGAGGAGGGCACUGAAGGCCAACACCCUGGCGGUACAUGCACCAAUGACGAAGUGCAGUUGGAGGAUGGGUCCGACUACGAGAGCGACUUCGACGACGGUGACUCUAUAGAGAGCGAUGAUGACGACAGCACUGUCGACGAGAACGAGUUCAACACUGCCUUGGAGUUCUUCCGCUUCGUCAUCGGAUGCAACGACGGUCAAUGCCUGAGUGACGAGGCCACGUACGGACUACGCCUUAUGUUGGCGAGGCAGGUGUACAGGCAGGUAGAAGUGCGCAUCCCACGGAUCGACCACACAUUCGAGCUCAUGUGUACCAGCCCUAUCGAGGGAGUCGUGGAGUUAUUCGGCCACCGUGACAAUGAAGAUGGCUUCCAGCUGUUUGCUCGUCCGAUACACUCGGUGGCGGGACGCGUGUACACUAGGCCAGAAACUGGUAAUCUGUGGGAAGCCGCAGAGGUACUGGUGGUGUUUCUGAGUUGUACCUCCUUUAGCGCCCUGGACGAGGUUUAUGCCCCGGGCCAGGUGGUGGCAGCCAUCAUACUUUCAAGUGAUGCAACGAUUCUCAGCGGGAACGAGCGCGUGAAGGUUUGGGCGGUUUACCUAAGCCUCGCCAACAUCCACCUCCGUCUCCGUUGGGGUGAUUCUGGGAAGAUUCUGCUUGCACUACUCCCAAUGCCUGUCCAGGGAAUGACGGCCAAGCAGAAGGUGCAGCUCUUUCAAGCUGCGAUGCAGGUGGUCCUCGCUGACCUGAUUGCUGCAUCACACACGAGGAUUGCGGCCCGCGAUCCAUGGGGGGUGGACCAGGACGUACUCCACGCUCUCUGUCACGUCGUUCCUCUGGGAGUGGAACUUCUCCCGUACACUUUGGGAGAACACCUACCUGUCCCAGAUGCCAGACAUCCUACACAUCAUCUACCUUGGGUUCUGGCUGUACCUUCGCGCUGCACUGCGGGGCCCCGAUGUACGCGCCGCCAUCUUAGACGGAUUGUACCCUUCGUGCUGGAGGGGGAAGUUGCGGUCAUCUGUAGCCACACGAUUGUCGCCUUUCUGGACUGGCAUGAGACAUUCGUGCGGGCAGUGGAGCACACAGAUGAGAGUCUGAGCGCGUUCGACACCGCCAAUCGCAGGAUGGUGCAGUUGGUGGAAAGCACCUUUCCACACGAGCACUCUGGGCGGAACCUUGUGAAGGUGCACUUGCUGCUUCACCUCACAGAGGCGAUUCGAAGGGGGGGGCUGCCAGGAGAAUACUCCGCGGCGGUGUACGAGAACGCACACAUCCGCACCUGCAAGAGGCCGUACCGACGAUCCAACCAUCGGGACGUAGGGCGUGUGAUUGCACAGCACAACACCAACGCUGCUCUACUGACCCGCCUCCCAAUCAACCUCGAAGGCGAUCGCCAGUACAACACCGCGAUGCGCCGGGCGAUCGCCGGUGGCUCCCCUGGACCUGUACGCGACGUACGAUGCCAUAAUCCCGGGAGGCAUCGGGCCCUACGCCUUUUUGGCGCGCCUCUUUGGCUACGUCUCUUUUCCAACGUGGGUCCACACGGCGCUGGCUCUACCAGCGUGCGAGACGGACCACGGCCUCAUCAGGCCGCACUAUGUCUGCGCUAA